AAAACGAGAGAGAGACCUAGAGAGAGUGAGAGAGAGAGAGAGCGCUGGAGAGCGCUGGAGCGAGUGCGCUUGUGUGUGUGUGCGUCGCUCUCCCCCUCACGCACUCCUCAGCACACUUCUCGGGAACCUAGAGCUUCUUCACUUCACUCGUCUUCUCCAUCUCUCCAGCAGCCGUUCAGUAGGGAUUUUAGAAUUUUUCUUUUUCAGUCCAUCCAUCCAUUCACUCUGUACAGCAUGCACCUGUAUUUUUCAUUAUCUCCUUCUCCAGCAGUCGUCCAGCAAGGAUCUUAGAGCUUCUGACCGUCAGACCACCUUCCAAGACUGUCUCUUUCUCCAGCAGUCGUCCAGCGAGGAGCGUUUCCCGUCCGUCUCCCAUCCAGACUGUCUUUUUCAUUCACAUUCCUUUUGCAGUCCAUCCAGCGAGGAACUUAAGAGUUUUUCCUUUGGUCAUCCACCCACCUUCCACCCACCCGGACUGUCUCUCAGUCUUCAGACCCCCCUGCCCCGUCCAGCAGUCAAAAUUUCGGCCCCCGGCAGACCCACCCUGGCCGCCCAGCCGCUGCCGCGCCUCAGCCUGGGCAGGAAGACCCUGGUGGCGGCCGCUGUCGGGGUCAUGCUGGUCCUGGUGCUGGUGGUGCUCAUCCCAGUGCUGGUCAGCUCCGUGGGCGCCGACGGCAGCAGCAGCGGCCACUAUGAGAUGCUUGGCACGUGCCGCAUGGUGUGUGACCCUUACCUGAGCAAAGGGGGCGCCGCCGUCGCCACGGGAACCGCCAGCACAGGCUCAUCUUCCUCCGCUCAGGCCGAGGCCGAGGCGCUGGCGGCCGACCACAGCAGCACCAACCUGCUCCCGCCCUCCACGCUCGUCCAGGGGCCGCAGGGGAAGCCGGGACGGCCGGGCAAACCGGGACCCCCGGGACCUCCGGGACCUCCCGGAGAGCCAGGCCCACCGGGUCCGAUGGGGCCCCCGGGGGACCGAGGGGACCGGGGUCGGAGCGUCAUGGGGUCUGGAAGCAACGGAGCUAUCAGCACGGUCACCUACAACACACAGCCGCGAGUGGCCUUCUACGCCGGACUCAAAAACCCCCACGAGGGCUACGAGAUCCUCAAGUUCGACGACGUGGUCACCAACCUCGGCAACAACUACGACGGCGUCUCCGGGAAGUUCAUCUGCAGCGUGCCGGGCACCUACUUCUUCAUCUACCACGUCCUGAUGAGAGGCGGCGACGGCACCAGCAUGUGGGCCGACUUGUGCAAGAACGGACAGGUGAGAGCGAGCGCUAUAGCCCAGGACGCCGAUCAGAACUAUGACUAUGCCUCCAACAGUGUGAUCCUUCACCUGGACGCUGGAGAUGAAGUCUACAUCAAACUGGACGGAGGCAAAGCCCACGGCGGCAACAACAACAAAUACAGCACUUUUUCUGGCUUCAUCCUGUACACUGACUGAACUGCAGAGAGUAAACGAGAGAAGGAAGGGAGAAGAGGAGGACUUUGGGGGAGGGAAAAGCAGGAAGGAAAGAGAAAGAAGGAACCUUGACCAUCCAAGCGUUUUAUUUUCACAGGAUCUCUCCGUUGCUUCAACCAUCUUUUCGCUCAAAUGCAGUUUCCACAGAUGGACCGGACUGAGAAGCCCUCGUCGGACAGAGGUUGUUGGUUCUUCUCUGUUUCUUGACUGAAUCACCUUAUUCGAACAAAAAAGGAAGAAACUGUUCUGUCUUUCGUUCGUGAAAAAAGACCAGGGCUUUUUCUUUCUUGUUCAGAGACCUCUGGAGUGACUUUGAUCGGCAGAGAUCCUUUUUUUCUCGUUGUCGUUUCUCGUGCUUCUCCCUAGCAUAUCUCACUUUGCGUCCUCGAAUACCUAUCUAUGAAAAAAACGAGAUUGUUCCAACAUAU